AUGUCGAUGCCAUCUGGUGUCUCGAUAGCAGAAGAAUGCCUCACAGCCUUCAGCACCCUCCGUUCGCGACGCGGAACCAGCAAGCCCAUAUUCAUCAUCUACAAGAUCACAGAUGACCGGAGCACCGUCGUUGUCGAGGAGUCAUCAUCGGAACAGGACUACGAGGUCUUCCUUCAGAAGCUCUAUUCCGCCGGAGGUCCUCGAUAUGCAGUUUACGAUGUGGAGUUUGACCUUCGGGAGGAUGGGAAGAGAUGCAGGACAGUUUUCAUUAGUUGGGUUCCUAAUGAUACACCUGUUAAGCUUUGUAUGAUCUAUGCAAGCACCAAGGAACAGUUGAAGAAUGCUUUAGACGUAAAGCUUUCUAUUCACGCCGAUAGCUUGGAUGAGGUUGAAUGGAAGACCAUGCUAAGUGUGGCUAGCGGAGGCAAGUGUCUAUGA